AUGCAGAGAUGCCGCUGUGCUCCGUGGGGGGCUCGCUGGCUCGGGACAUAUGCGUCUGCCAUAUCCGACUUGGAAGGAGCUGCAAACGACCAUGAACAGAGGCUUACUAGCAUACAGGCCUCUGUUAGCCAACUUCAGGGAAAAGUUGAGCUACUGACGAAUAAAUGUGACGAACUAGAGGGACGCUCCAGACUCAAUAAUAUCCGAAUUGUUGGUGUUGUGGAAGGCACAGAGGGCCCUCGCCCAACAGAAUUUGUGGUCGAUUUUCUUCACAAUCUACUUCGCCUCGAUCGGGCGCAUCGGACUCUGCGGCCCAGACCCGGAGACGGAGCCCCGCCGCGGCCCUUCGUAGUUCGUGUCAACCAGUUCCAGACAAGGAAUGAAAUUAUCCGCAAAGCCCCAUCACUGAGAAUAACACUUCCCAAUGGACAGCUUCGCAUGUUUGACAGUCCUGAUUUGGCUAUGGACUUUGUGAAGAAAAACCUCAAGACCAUGGUGGACCCACAGUCUGCUUAA